ACUGUCCACGACCUCGCGUCACUUGACGUUAUCCUGUGCUUUCGUGCAUUGGCUGACGUGCGACCGCCAUUCCCUGCAGCCCACGAUUCGAUGGCGAAUGUGCUGGAGAGGAUAUGGUGUCGAGAAUAGAUGGCCUAUCUUGGGGCUCUGUAUGAAACUGACGCAAGGCGCAAGUCGAUUCCUUGCACUUCGGUUCCAUUGUCUAAUUCUGCAGCAUUACAUCGGUCUGUGUCAGUGGAUUGCAUCUGUACAGGCCCUCGCUUAAUCUGAUUCCCUCUUACCAGACCGUGACUGUGCUGAAUCGGGUUGGAGAGCACCCCAGA